GCUGAUGGGAUCGUGUCUGCUUAUUUUGCGUAGAUAGUUGGUUCCAUCCGAUAUCUGGAUACAUUUGAGGCUAAUUAUUUUAAACCUUUCUGGAGUUCUUUCAGACAUCGAAGCUGUGGUUCCUAGGAUGGAUUAGUGUUUUUAGGUUUAAUCAUGGAACAAAGAACAUUCAAGGCACGAAGAGCGAGAGGAUAUUUUUUCGGCUGCGUGGUUGCUGUGCUUCUGUGGAGAGUGGCAUCGGAGCAAAUACGAUAUUCUAUUUCUGAGGAAGUAAACGAAGGAACUGUGGUUGGAAAUAUAGCGAAGGAUCUUGGUUUAGAUAAAAAUACUCUAAAAGAAAGGAAGUAUCGGAUUGUUUCCAGUAAUGCCGAUCAUCUUUUCCAUGUAAAUCAGAAUGAUGGUGUCCUGUGCGUGAGCCGCAAGAUUGACAGGGAAGAGGUGUGCUCGAUAACCAGUGCGUGUUUAAUGAAUCUGAAGACAGUCCUAGAAGACCCCCUGGAGGUACAUUAUGUUGUAGUGGAGGUCCUGGAUAUAAACGACCAUUCACCAAGUUUCCCGGAUAAAGAGAAAACGUUGGAGAUUUCUGAAUCGGUGUUGCCUGGAGUACGUAUUCCUCUACAAGACGCACGCGAUCCAGACGGUGGGCUUUUUUCGGUUCAGCACUAUAAGCUCAGCUCCAAUGACCAUUUUCGUUUAGAAGUUAGGGAUAAGGGAGAGGAUGGUAAAAUACCUAUAUAUGAUAUUACAAUAAUCGCCAAAGACGCAGGUGAACCAGCAUUGGCAUCGGAAAAGACUAUAAGCGUGUUUGUGUCGGAUGUGAAUGAUAACAGUCCUACGUUUUCAGUGAGCCCCUAUAUGUUCUACAUUAUAGAAAAUAACCCCCCGGCGGCACCUCUUUUUUCUGUCAGAGCGUCUGAUUGUGACGAGGGCGAUAAUGCACAAAUUUCGUAUCAUAUUCUCAGGACUGCGGGCUUUGGAAAUAAAGUGACAUCGUUCAUCAACGUCAACUCUGAAAAUGGAGAUAUUUUGGCUCUUAAAAGUUUUGACUUCGAAACCCUGAAAACGUUCCAGUUUCAAGUUGUCGCCACAGAUUCUGGGACUCCGUCACUGAGCAACAACGUCACGGUGCACGUGUUCAUUCUGGAUCAGAACGACAACGCUCCGAUCAUCUUGUAUCCUCUCAGCUCUAACGGAUCUGCUGAAGGUGUGGAGGAGAUUCCCCGCAAUGUGAACGCAGGACACUUGGUGACUAAAGUCAGAGCCUAUGACGCUGAUAUAGGAUAUAACGGCUGGUUACUGUUUUCACUGCAGGAAGUUACUGACCACAGUCUCUUUGGGUUGGACCGCUAUACAGGACAGAUCAGAACACUUCGCUCGUUCACAGAGACGGACGAGGCUGAGCAUAAACUGGUCAUACUGGUGAAAGACAACGGGAACGUUUCACUCUCAGCAACAGCUACUGUGAUUGUCAAAGUUGUGGAGCCCAAAGAGGCUUUUGCUGCUUCGGAUGUUAAAAGUGCAACAAAUGACGAGGAGGAUAAUAACGUGACUUUUUACCUGAUGAUAACUUUGGGCUCAGUUUCAACACUUUUUCUCAUCAGUAUCAUCGUGCUGAUUGCAAUGCAGUGCUCUAAAUCCACAGAGUAUACUUCUAAAUAUCUACAAGAGACUAAUUAUGACGGGACACUGUGUCACAGCAUCCAGUACAGAUCUGGAGAGAAACGCUACAUGUUAGUUGGACCCAGAAUGAGUAUAGGAUCUACUAUAGUCCCGGGAAGCCAUGCGAAUACACUGAUGCUCCCUGACAGGAGGACACAUGGAGAGGUAAGACAUUUAUUUAAACACUUUGAGGUGGCCUAGUUUAUUUUUUACUAUUUUCGUUUGUAGAUAAUGUG